CCUGCGAUGCUGCCUCGCACCUAGAUACCGAAAUGGGUCACUACUCAGAGACAUGCGAGAAAGCUUAAUUGAGCCUCAUCAGGCUUCCCUCUGACUAAAAGAACGCGUUGCUCCAAUGAAUAUUCUUGUACACUACGUCGAGCGGGUCACGGCCACCAAACAUAGCCCUUCAUCCGAACUACACGUUCUGGCCGAACUUACAGCGUGGCUCUAGCGCGUCUUCAACUUGCAAACGACAAAUCCUACUCGCUGCUGAAGAACUGGAAAGGAUCAUGGGGCCAAAUCGAAAGAGUACAGUGCUGCUGGGAAGGCAGUGACUUCGGUCGUGAGUCGGUGGUCGAUAGCUGGGAAAGCACAAAGCUCGUGCUGAGAUGGAAGGCCUCAUAUCAUAUAUAAGAGUCAGAAUGGGAGACCCUUUGGGUCAUAUACAUUAUCGAAGCCAUGGAGACCCCCGUUUCACCAGCUCUGACCAUGACCUCUAUCCGACCCCAUUCUAGCGCUAUAAACAACAUCGAGCAUUCUUCUCUAGCCGAUUUACAUUCUUCUUUAACUCUUCAUGUUGUGUCUGUCCUCAACACUCAUGCUCUUCUUUGCGAAGUCUACAGUCUACUCUGGCAGUCCGUCCGGUCCGUCCAGUGCUCAAGUCAAAUGUCUCAUCGAAGAGAGAUACGCACAAACUCCACAAGAUCAGGCUCCAGAAACGACGCUCGUCAAUAUGGUCCUCCAGACCCAGAACCGCCGGCAGCACCACCAAUCAUCAUCCUUUCCCAAUCUGGCAAAGCACAAGCGCCCCACUUCCAGGUACCAGACCCUGCCGAUCAGCAAGUCCAGCCGCAACCACCUACGUCAUCCCUGUCACCAGAAGCCUCACCAGACGAGCUUGAAGCUACCGAAACUUCGUGCCCACCCGACAAACCCGAGCCCGAACCGCAUCCAGCACCGCCUGUAAUCAUCCUACGCGACGAAACAUUCAGUUCGUCCCCACCAGCCUCCGCGCCACCCACUUAUCCUGCUACAACACACACACCCCCUACGAUGGGCUCCAAAGUCAGCAAAGUCAAAGAGCAAGCCUCGAACGGGAAGCUUCAGCCAAGCCAAGAGCGUCUAGAUAAGGAAGAGAUGAAGGAGCCAGACAAUUAUUACACACAUCGCAGCAAGAGCAUGCGUCGGAAAGCUGGCAAGACUGGAGCUAGCAGUGGCGCCGGAGGUGCGCAGGGCGGAACGGCUGGAGGUGCAGGUGGUGCUGGUAUUGCAUAAAUGUUCAGACAACAAUUUUUUUUUGGAUCACAGAAUAAGAAGUUGCAUGCAAGAUGGAGGCAGAUUGACAACACCCGGUAGACAAGGGCAUGGCUUGGGGGCGUUCAGGGUUGCUUUUUUCCGGGAAUGUAGCAUAGCGACGCAUUUACAUC